AUGGUCCAGAACCGCGUCCUACGUCCUCGCUCCGUGAGGGGUCUGUCUGCGCGGGAGGACGUGGCGUGGGUCCCCCGUGGGUCUGAACAUGUCCUGACGUCACUGAGUCCGUCCCAGGGUCCUGUGUCCUCCGAGCCGCUCUUCUGCAAUGUGACUCCGUGUGGCACCGUGACUCCCGUCUCCAGUGUCCCGUGCACGCGCAGCCUCCUCCAUCACCGCCCCCCCCCUCCGCGCGCCCGUGUUGGAUGCUGGUGGGACCGGGACGGAGGGAGGGGGGAGGCUAGAGGGCGCCCCGCGGUGGUAACAGUGCAGCGGCCAUGUUGUGACUGUCAUAACAAUUUUGGAGAAUGA